AUGGUAGAAGAAUCACCCGUCACAGAAGCAGUCCUCAAAGCAAAACUCAUCUCAGAACUCCAAGCUACCCAUGUAGAAAUCGAAGAUAUGUCCGGUAGAUAAUUACCCCGCCAUCCCACCUCCCUCUCCCUCUAUUAUACGAACUAAUUCCUCCAACAGGUGGAUGCGGACAAGCUUUCUCUGCCAUAAUCGUCUCGCCGCAAUUCGAAAAGAAGACUACGCUUGCGAGACAUCGAUUGGUGAAUAAAACGCUGAAAGCCGAGGUUGCUGCUAUACAUGCCUGGACGCCGAAGUGUUAUGCGCCAGAUCAGUGGGAGAAGGUGAAGAAUGACGGGGAGAGUACUGUUGCGCCUGGUAAGGAUACCACGGGUGAGGUUGUUGAGGGAACGGCGGCUUGA